AUAGCAACCUGAGGCAGGUAAAUAUCACCCCCACUUUAGUGCGACAGUCAGUUGCAUUGAACCGUGAGUGUUGCCCAUAAGUGUAAAUAGUAAGUGGAACAAUGUACCUGCUGCGCAACCUGACUAUAGAAUGGUUUGGCCUACUCGAUUCCCAUUGUGUUGUCCUUGCUUGCGAUUGGUCAUCUCCCAACUGUUACAAAACAUAAACAUGAUUUGUGUAGGCAGCAUUUUCCGCAUUUGUGUUGAGCACAGUUUGGAUUACAGUUUACGUCAAUAAAAGGUACUAGUGUGGUAAAUUAAACUGACCUCUACAUUUACAUGCUAUAAAUAAUGUGAGUGGUACAUCCUACGUGCAUUAAAUUAAUUAUGGGAAAUGUAGUACGACAAAGUACAUUAAGUUGUCCUCGCAGUGUAUUGCAAGUAUAGCAUACACACUACACAUCCUAGCUUGCACUGCGUCGACAGCAGUCGUGUGUUGGUUCUCCAAGAUGGCGUCGUUGGGAAGGAGGCGCGGUGUCCCAGUCAACAGGGAGAGGGGAGUGAUGGCGGCAACGGACUGCUACAUCGUUCACGAGAUCUACAACGGGGAGAAUGCGCAGGACCAGUUUGAGUACGAGCUGGAGCAGGCGCUGGAGGCCCAGUACAAGUACAUUGUGAUCGAGCCCACGCGCAUUGGCGACGAGACGGCCCGCUGGAUCGCUGUGGGCAACUGCCUGCACAAGACGGCCGUGCUGUCGGGCACCGCCUGCCUCCUGACGCCGCUCUCGCUGCCGCCUGAGUACUCGCGCUACGUGGCACUGCCCGCUGGCGCCCUCAGCGUGGCUUGCUCCGCCCUCUACGGAAUCUCCUGGCAGUUCGAUCCCUGCUGCAAGUACCAGGUGGAGUACGACAGCCAAAAACUCUCACGGCUGCCCCUGCACACACUCACCUCCUCCACGCCAGUGGUGCUGGUGCGCAGGGAUGACAUCCACAGAAAGAGACUCCACAACACGAUAGCGCUGGCCGCCCUGGCCUACUGCGCCAAGAAGAUCUACGAACUCUACGCGGUAUGAGCACACUCUGAAGAGAAAUACAAAAAAUACAAAAAAAUAAUAAAAGAUAUACCGGGAAAAGAAAGAAUCCACCCAGUAGUAAGCCAAGUGGAAGCCAUGCGCAGAGUCGAGGGUUUGCCCCUAACCCCCCCACCCCACUUGCGCGGGCGCUUACUUUUGGGCUGUUUGAUGGAUCAGAGGGAUAUAGUUAAAACUAGAAGGAAUUAUUUUUCCCUUCUCAUUUUCUUUACUUGUAAGUGACAUCACCAGUGCACUUAUCCAUAUGGUACCCUUGCGCCUCUUCCCCCGUCCCUGGCCCCCUCUCAAUACACUAAGUUAGUGCACAAGGGUAGCUAAGUAAAAGUAAAUAAAGACUGAAUCGUGUUGCGGUUGAAACAGAGUAUUACCAACAUUUUUGUCUAUUCCUUGUAGUUUUACUGUACCCCUUUCUUGCUGAUCAGUACGUCACCCUUUCAUUAAACAUUAGGAUAUUUCAAA